UCCUAUAGGAUCCUCUGAUCUUCGAUUCCUAACCUGGGUGUGUCUUUUUUUUUUGAGCCCCCGUGAGAAUUCUCCAUCCAAACGAUCCAUAUUGGAUCCUCCAAUCUCUUCAAUUCCUGACCUGGAUGUCUUGUUUUUGAGCCACCGUGAGAAUUCUCCAUCAAAACAAUCUGUUUUCGCAUCUUUGUGGAAAAUAAGGUCUUUCGUAUUUGAUGGGAUUGGUCUGCUGAAGGAAGAGAAGGGGGUGUGAGACUGGUUUGAAGGAGAUGGGCUGCUUUGGGUGUUGCAGGCCGCAGUUGACGGAUGCCAGCAGGAGUUCACAGAAGAAGAGUCAGGAACUGAAGGAAGGGAUCACGCUCACAUCGUUAGUAAGGAAUAUCUCAUUUAAAUCAGAUUGCAGCAGGCAGAGGGCUAUAGCAGACGAAAUCUUGAAAGUUGGAAAAGGGUCAAUCUCUGUUCAGACUUUCAAGUUCCAAGAGUUAGAAACUGCAACAAAAAGCUUCAGUGCUGAAAGUCUAAUUGGUGAAGGCGGCUUCGGAAGAGUUUACAAAGGACAGAUCGAAAAAACAAACCAAGUUGUUGCUGUCAAACAACUCGAUAGGAAUGGAUUGCAAGGGAACAAAGAGUUCCUUGUUGAAGUCCUAAUGCUGAGUCUGCUUCACCACCCAAAUCUUGUUAAUCUAAUUGGGUAUUGCGCUGAGGGUGAUCAGAGGAUUUUGGUGUAUGAAUACAUGCCAUUGGGAAGUCUGGAGGAUCAUCUCCUUGACUUAUCUCCAGAUAAGAAACCACUUGAUUGGGUAACGAGGAUGAAAAUAGCUGAAGGUGCAGCCAGAGGUCUCGAGCACUUGCACGAAAAAGCAAACCCGCCCGUAAUCUACCGGGAUUUCAAGGCUUCGAACAUCUUAUUGGAUGAGGAUUUCAAUCCAAAGCUCUCCGAUUUUGGUCUUGCCAAACUGGGUCCCACAGGAGACAAGACCCAUGUAUCGACUAGAGUGAUGGGAACAUACGGGUAUUGCGCACCAGAGUAUGCAUUGACAGGGCAGCUGACUACUAAGUCGGAUGUAUACAGCUUUGGCGUCGUGUUUUUGGAGAUAAUCACAGGAAGAAGAGCGAUCGAUACAGCGAAACCGACGAGCCAGCAGAAUCUUGUCGAGUGGGCACAACCAUUGUUUAAAGAUCGACGGAAAUUCACGCAGAUGGUGGACCCGCUGCUCGGAGAGAACUACCCGAUCAAGGCUCUAUAUCAAGCACUUGCAGUUGCAGCAAUGUGUCUACAAGAGGAAGCAAGCACCCGCCCUCUGAUCAGCGACGUCGUGACUGCACUUGAAUAUCUAGCAUUGAAAGAUGGGGAUCCCGAAGGAAGCUCCAAAAAUCUGAAUGCACAGAGCUUAUCUUCUUCCCAUAGAAAAUCGUUGAGGAAUCCAAGUCGAGAUCUCAAGGAAGAUGAUGGGACGCAAUCGCAAUCAGAGUCCGACGUAAAAACCAACUCUCCUCAUGGAGAUGAAGAAAGAGAAGAUGAAGACAGGAGCAAGGAGCGAGGAGAGUAAACAUGAGUGUAGUAGCAACGAAUGUGCAAGAGUAAGUGAAGCAUGACCAUUGGACUGUGAGUUCUACUGAGGAUUGCAUGUGCUUUUGGAGCUUGUAUCAUGAAAUUAUUGUGAUAGGACGUGCUUGGGUGCACUAGCGAAUUGAAUUGUGAGCAUUCAAGUGUAACUAAGAAGAAUAUGAGCAAAAAAUGUAAUGUUUCCUCGUACCCAGAAUGUGAAAAUGGACCUCAAGGAUGUGCUCCUCAAGCUUUAGGGUGUGUUUGGGUGCACAAGUGAAUUGAAUUGUGAACAUUUUAUUUAGUGGAGAGGAAACAACGA